UAACGAUAAAAAAAUAAACGUGUCGAAAGAAAUAUGACUCUCCAUCCACGUGUUGGCGAAUUGGAGAAGAGGCUCUGCAUGCAAAUGCAAUAUUACACCGCUCAUCAAUGCACCGUUUUCUGAUAGCUCUGCACUUACACUUAUACCCUUUCUCAUAUGCAAUGAUAUUGUCCAUUUCUCCCGUAAACUAUAUAACACAUCCGAGGUCAAAAAAGUAAUUCCACAACCAGAGAAAUCUCAGAAUAAAGAUAGCUCCAAACAGUAAGAAGAAUGUCAAGGAAGGUGCAGCCGAGGCCGGAGGAGGAGAAAUAUGGCAGGAGUACUAGCACAACCGAGAGCAUUAACUUGCUCAGUGGGCGUAGCAGUCUUAACGUGCGCACUAACUCUUUCUCUAGUUCUCGGCCAUAACGGCGGCAGCAGCAGCAGUAGAAACGACGUCGUCCCACAAGAGCCAGUCAUACACCAAGUCACAGACAAAUCUCACGCCCACCUUCUGGGCACGGAGAGGAAAUUCAAGAUGUUCAUGGAGAAGUACGGGAAGACGUACGGUAGCAGAGAGGAGUACCUACACCGCCUUGGGAUCUUCGCUAGGAACAUGGUCAGGGCCGCCGAGCACCAGGCCCUUGAUCCGACGGCGGUUCACGGAGUGACGCCGUUCUCAGACCUCUCCGCGGAGGAGUUUGAGCGUUCUUUCGCCGGCUUGAGGGGUGGGCCCGGCUUUGGCAAUGGGUUCCCGGAGACUACUACGACGGCUGCACCGCCUUUGGAGGUCGGCGACUUGCCGGAAAGUUUCGAUUGGAGGGAGAAGGGAGCCGUUACUGAGGUUAAGAUGCAGGGAUCGUGUGGAUCUUGCUGGGCUUUUAGUACGACAGGGGCUGUAGAAGGAGCCAAUUUUAUUGCAACCGGGAAGCUUCUCAAUCUGAGUGAACAACAGCUAGUGGAUUGUGACCACACGUGCGAUCCGAGUGAGAAGGAUGCAUGCGACGAUGGGUGUGGUGGAGGGCUUAUGACAAAUGCGUACAAGUAUGUGAUAGAGGCAGGAGGAUUAGAGGAGGAGACUUCAUAUCCUUACACCGGGAAAAAAGGUCAAUGCAAAUUUGAAGCAGACAAAGUGGCUGUAAAGGUUGUCAAUUUUACCAUCAUUCCGAUUGACGAGAACCAGAUUGCUGCCAAUCUAGUCCACCAGGGUCCUCUCGCAGUGGGGUUGAAUGCAGUGUUCAUGCAAACGUACAUAGGGGGAGUGUCGUGUCCCCUAAUAUGCGGAAAGAGAUGGGUGAACCACGGCGUUUUGAUGGUGGGCUACGGCUCCAAGGGCUACUCCAUCCUCAGAUUUCGAUACAAGCCUUACUGGAUCAUUAAGAACUCUUGGGGAAAGCGAUGGGGUGAGAAUGGCUACUACAAGAUCUGCCGAGGCCAUGCCAUGUGUGGCAUCAACACUAUGGUCUCCGCUGUUCUCACUACUACCUCCUCCUGAUCGUCAUCAUUAUAUAUCCCUUUCCUAUUUAUUUUAUUACUUUAUAUAUUCUCUCAGCGCAAUAAAUAUAUCGUUUACUUCAGCUAAAUAUAUAUAUAUAUAUAUAUAUCGAAUAAUAUUAAAGGUAUGGAAAUUACGUAACCAUAUAUAUAAA